GCUUCGCUCGGGCUGCGUCCGCUCCGGUCCGGUCCUGCCCGUCCCCGACGCCCCUUUCCGCGGGGAGGGAGAGGAGGGGGUCCGUCCUAUCAGCCAUGGCUUUCACCGUCCUGGGUCCGGUGGCCGCCCACGUGCUGUACCCGGAGCUGAGCCUCCUGCCGUCGGAGGAGGACGAGGAAGAGGAGAACCGGAGCGAGAGCGACGCGUCGGAUCGCUCGUCGGGCUGCUGCGCGAGCCGUCGCAAGAGCGGGCACGGCCCGGUGGUGGUGGUCAAGCAGCGGCAGGCGGCCAACGCCCGCGAGCGGGACCGGACCCAGAGCGUCAACACGGCUUUCACCGCCUUGCGCACCCUCAUCCCCACCGAGCCGGUGGAUCGCAAGCUCUCCAAGAUCGAGACCCUCCGCCUGGCUUCCAGCUACAUCUCCCACCUGGCUAACGUGCUGCUCCUGGGCGAGGGUUGCCAGGACGGGCAGCCUUGCUUCCGAGCCCUCUGCGGAGCCAAGGGGGAAGGAGGGACGGCCGGACCGCCGCGCAGCAUCUGCACCUUCUGCCUGAGCAACCAGCGCAAAGGGGGAAGUCGGAGGGACCUUGCCGGGAGCAGCUGUUUGAAAGCCAGAGGUGGGAACCAGGUGAAGAUGCUACGGAGGUGAGGCCCGGGCGGCUGUCUGUCGGAGAAGGCCAGCCAAAGGGAGAUCCGGACCUCGGAUUUUGUCUUCCUGAGCGGGACAGUUGGGGGGGGGUGUCAUGGAAUAUGACGAUGCAGACGGGUACAAAGAGGGGCUCUGUGAUGCAGACUCAGAGGAGACCGAGCAGGAGGAAAGAUGCUGUUGAUUGCAACAAGGGCCCAGGGCUGCACUGGAGGGACUACAAAGCCGUGCCCCGGACCUCCAAGAGACCCUCCUCUGUUCCGGGGAGCAUGGAUGGAGCUUGAGGACCAAGGACAGGGAAGAAGGCCAGCCGUCUUCUGGAUUGUGUGUGUGUGCGGUCUCCAAUCUCUCUUCUGAAAGGACAAGUCUUGAAACUUCAGUUCCAGAUGUUACUUCGGCAACCUUCUCCAAAGCAAUUUCCCAAAUCUUCCAGCUGCUGAGU